CCCCCCCCAUCGGUCAGGAUGCUGUGCCCCAGGAAGAAGCGCCUCACCAGGGAUGCAGAUUUCUCUGCCAUCGCGGUGCCGUCGAUGCGGGGGUCUGGGUACCUGGACUACACCAUAGAACACCCCUCCAGAGCCCUGCAGGCCAUGGAGGACUUCAGAAGGCACGAGAUGCUGUGUGACAUCACUCUACACGUCACCUAUAAGGACACGACCGCCGACUUCAAGGUGAGAGGGCUGCUCUUUGUUCCUACUUAUAAAGCUAUAUAUGCAAGCAGCUUUAAGGAGUGCCAUGCCUCUGAGGUGACGUUACGUGAUGUCUGCCCCCUGGUGGUAGGGAGGCUCAUUGACUUCGCCUUCACCUCACGCAUCACCGUGGGGGAGAAGUGUGUGCUGCAGGUCCUACUGGCUGCCAUGAGGUACCAGAUAGAAGACAUGGCUAAGGCUUGCUGUGACUACCUCACAAACUUGAAGCCGGCCAACGUGAUCGGCAUCGCUCGCUUCGCUGAGGAGAUUGGCUGCAUGAGGAGCCGCGAGUACAUCAAUAUACACUUGAACGAGGUAACCAAAGAGGAGGAGUUCUUCAGUCUGUCUCACUGUCAGCUGUUGGAGCUCAUCAGCCAGGACAGCCUCAAGGUGCUCUGUGAGUCAGAGGUGUACAAGGCUUGUACAGACUGGGUGCGAUGGGAUGUGGAGAGCAGAGCUCCGUAUCUCCACGCCCUCCUCAAUGCUCUCCACGUCUACGCUCUGCCUCCCAAGUUCAUCAAGAUACAGCUCCAGUCCUGCCCCAUCCUCAGCAAGGCCAACUCCUGUAGAGACUUCCUGUCGAAGAUAUUCCAGGAAAUAGCGUUGAGGAAGCCCCUCCCCCCUGCGCCUCACCGUGGAACACAGCUUAUCUACGUAGCCGGAGGGUACACUCUGUCUUCUAUGGAGGCCUAUGACCCUGGUAGGAACGUCUGGCUGAAGCUAGCUGACAUGGGCUCUCCCUGCAGUGGCCUGGGCUCCUGUGUGCUGUUUGGCCUGCUCUACACGAACGCACGCACACACCUUGCUUUAUACGAAAACACUGAGUCCAGUUCCCUGUGCUGUUACAACCCCAUGACCAAUCAGUGGAGUCAGCACGCUUCCCUGAACACCCCCAGGAACAGGGUGGGGGUGGCCGUGGUGGACGGGAGCAUUUACGCCGUGGGGGGGUCCCAGGGGUCCACACAUCAUAACACUGUGGAGAGGUAUGAACCAGAGGCGAACUGCUGGGUGUUUGUGAGCCCCGUGUCAGUUGCCCAUCUGGGGGCGGGGGUAGCAGGUUGUGGGGGUUCUCUACGGUGGGGGGGGUUUGACGGCCAGAACCGCUGGAACACAGCAGAGGUGUUCCACCCCGACUCCAACACCUGGCACCAACUGGCCCCCAUGACUACUGUACGCAGCGGACUGGGUGUGGUGUGUGUGGACUCGUAUGCAAUAGGAGGGUAUGACGGUCAUGCUCAGCUCAUGGAGAGGUACAGUGUAACCAGAGAUGUGUGGGAGCCAGUGGCCUCCAUGCAGCACUGCCGCAGCGCUCACGGGGUCACCAUCUACCAGGGACGCAUCUUCAUACUGGGUGAGUCUGGAGAAACCUGCCAUCUCUCUGGAGAGUUUGGCCAACUUUAGAACCAGAUACCAUGUUGCUCCUCCUGAGCCUUGGAUUCACUCAUCCUGUUUCCCU